AUGAAUCUCUAUUUCGAAUGGACCUCAAGAGAUGCUACAGUCUUGAACGAAUUUAUUGAACAUUACCAGUUGCAGAAUUACAUCGUGAUGGAAGAGCAAGCUGAAACAAAGAAAAAACGCAUGCGUCGUCGGUCCAGUUCUAUGCAAAAGAGUGUAUCAGAAGGCUCAACUACGUCAUACUUGGUUCAGAAAGAUGCGGUUGCUCGUGCUGAGAGGAUGGCCGCGUCAUCUGAAUUCGCUCGACGCCAAACAUUCGCAGGCGAUCCACUCCGAAAAGCUCGAGAUUGGAUAAAAAAAGAGGAUUGGGAAAAUGUGAGUGUCUUGGGCUCUCGACGAGAUGAGUUCACGAAAGUCGUAUCUUGCGAAUAA